AUGUUUAAACCUAUACGAAAAACUCACCCUUUAAUCCAAAUUGUAAAUAACGCUCUUGUCGACCUUCCCGCCCCUUCAAAUAUUUCAGCUUGAUGAAAUUUUGGUUCAUUAUUAGGAGUAUGUUUAAUACUUCAAAUUUUAACUGGUUUAUUUUUAGCAAUACAUUAUGCAGCUGAUAUCGAAACAGCUUUUAACAGAGUAAAUCAUAUUUGUCGAGAUGUCAAUAAUGGUUGAUUUUUACGAAUUUGCCAUGCCAAUGGAGCUUCUUUUUUUUUUGCUUGUUUAUUCAUCCACGUUGGACGAGGAGUAUAUUAUGAAUCAUAUUUAUACCAUAUAACAUGAAAUACAGGAGUUAUUAUUUUAUUUUUAACAAUAGCAACAGGAUUUUUAGGAUAUGUAUUACCUUGAGGACAAAUAUCUUUUUGAGGAGCAACAGUAAUUACAAAUUUAUUAUCCGCAGUCCCUUAUUUAGGAAUAGAUUUAGUUCAAUGAAUUUGAGGAGGAUUUGCUGUAGAUAACGCUACAUUAACUCGAUUUUUCACUUUUCAUUUUAUUUUUCCUUUUAUUAUUUUAGCAUUAAUAAUAGUUCAUUUACUAUUUCUUCACCAAACAGGAUCAAAUAACCCUUUAGGAUUAAAUAGAAAUGUAGACAAGAUUCCAUUCCACCCAUAUUUUAUUUACAAGGAUAUUUUUGGGUUUAUUAUUUUUUUAUGAUUUUUAUUAGCUUUUAUUUGAAAAUUUAAUUACUUAUUAAUAGACCCAGAAAAUUUUAUCCCAGCUAAUCCUUUAGUGACUCCUGUUCAUAUUCAACCUGAAUGAUAUUUUUUAUUUGCAUACGCAAUUUUACGAUCAAUCCCCAAUAAAUUAGGAGGAGUAAUUGCUUUAGUACUAUCUAUUGCAAUUCUAUUGAUUUUACCUUUUACUCAUCAAAGUAAAUUUCGAGGAUUACAAUUUUACCCUUUAAACCAAAUUUUAUUUUGAAAUAUAGUAAUUGUAGCCUCAUUAUUAACAUGAAUUGGAGCUCGUCCAGUAGAAGACCCUUAUGUUUUAACUGGACAAAUUUUAACUGUUUUAUAUUUUUCUUAUUUUUUAAUUAAUCCAAUACUAGCCAAAUUUUGAGAUAAGUUACUAAAUUAA